CGGGGGAGCGCAGAGGAGCAUUAAUAAAUCUCUAAGCCGAGGAGGAAACUCCGGCUGGGGCAUUGCGCCGAGCUCCGGCUGCUCGUGGGGAAACGGAUGUCGAGUGGCAGCGCCGGCGCCGGCAGGAGCAGCACUACGGGCCAAAUACCGAGAGGCCACAACAGAAGGGAGUCCUUGGCCCUCUCCCGUAAACACAGUCCCCUCCACCUCCGUCUCCCCCUCGCAUCGCGCGCAAUACUGCCUGGCGCCGGAGGCCACUCGGACUGCUAUGUGACCGUGAGACUGCGGGAGGAAGGAAACUGGGUAGAAGAGGGUCUCCGGUGAGAGCCCCUGGGGGCCAAGUUUGCGGUCACUUCUGCACGUGCCCUUUCCUUAGCCCUCGCCCGCCCCUUGCUGCAGCCCAGCUGGCCCGGCUUUCCUUCUCCUCCUCUCGCGCCCAGCAGCCGCGGUUCCCGGCGACCAUGGUGACAGUGGAGGAGCUGCGGGAGAUGGACUGCAGCGUGCUCAAAAGACUGAUGAAUCGGGACGAGAACACCGGCGGCACGGGCAGCAGCGGCAGCCACGGCGCCUUGGGGCUGCUGAGCGGCGGCAAGUGUCUGCUGCUGGACUGCAGACCGUUCCUGGCGCACAGCGCGGGCUACAUCCGAGGCUCCGUCAACGUGCGCUGCAACACAAUCGUGCGGCGGCGGGCCAAGGGCUCCGUGAGCCUGGAGCAGAUCCUGCCCGCCGAGGAGGAGGUGCGCACCCGCCUGCGCUCCGGCCUCUACUCGGCCGUCAUCGUUUACGACGAGCGCAGCCCGCGCGCCGAGAGCCUCCGCGAGGACAGCACCGUGUCGCUGGUAGUGCAGGCGCUGCGCCGCAACGCGGAGCGCACGGAUAUUUGCUUGCUGAAAGGUGGCUAUGAGAGGUUUUCCUCCGAGUACCCAGAAUUCUGUUCCAAAACCAAGGCCCUGGCUGCUAUCUCGCCCGCUGUGCCCCCGAGCACGGUGGAGUCCUUGGACCUGGGCUGCAGUUCCUGUGGAACCCCACUACACGACCAGGGCGGUCCUGUGGAGAUCCUCCCUUUUCUCUACCUCGGCAGUGCCUAUCAUGCUGCCCGGAGAGACAUGCUGGAUGCCCUGGGGAUCACAGCCCUGUUGAAUGUCUCCUCCGACUGCCCAAACCACUUUGAAGGACACUAUCAGUACAAGUGCAUCCCGGUGGAAGACAACCACAAGGCCGACAUCAGCUCCUGGUUCAUGGAAGCCAUUGAGUACAUCGAUGCGGUGAAGGAGUGCCGCGGGCGCGUGCUGGUGCACUGCCAGGCCGGCAUCUCGCGCUCCGCCACCAUCUGCCUGGCCUACCUGAUGAUGAAGAAGCGGGUGAGGCUGGAGGAGGCCUUCGAGUUCGUCAAGCAGCGGCGGAGCAUCAUCUCGCCCAACUUCAGCUUCAUGGGGCAGCUGCUGCAGUUCGAGUCGCAGGUGCUGGCCACGUCCUGCGCCGUGGAGGCCGCCAGCCCGUCCGGGCCCCUGCGGGAGCGGGGCAAGGCCACCCCGACGCCCACCUCGCAGUUCGUCUUCAGCUUCCCGGUCUCGGUGGGUGUGCACGCGGCGCCCAGCAGCCUGCCCUACCUGCACAGCCCCAUCACCACCUCCCCCAGCUGCUAGGGCCGCUCCGGGAACCCCCCAAACCAGGGGCCUUCAGCAAGGGGUGUGGGGCCGCGGUGGGCAGCGAGGCGGGACUGACCAGCGAGGGGCAGGCGACCAAGCCCCUUCCCAUCCAUUUCUCUUCGGCCUACGACCGGGCCGCCAGAAUGGCAAUAAGGACUUUGAAUACAUAUUAAAGCAAACAAACAAACCCCUCCAACUUAGAGCAAUAAUGGCUGCCUCCGCGGGCAGGGAAGACCUUGGUUUGAUUUGUGUGUCGGUUUUACUUUUCAGAUAGGAAUUUCUUACCUCAUUUUUUUUAAGAAGUAAGGCUUGAAGUUACGAAACCCACAGGUCCUGGCAAAUGUGCCCACCCUGUUUUAUUAAGUGGGGGGCGGGAGGGAGGGAGGGAAAGGGGCAAGAAGAAAACAAGUUUGCCAGAAGUGCCUGGUUCCCUGUGCUUGGCCCUUUUUUUUGUAGUUACAAGAAUUAAAAAAAAAAAAAAGUCUCUUAGGACAUGGUUUUCCUUACUAAGUCACCAACAAGUGAAUAAUUAUGCGUAAUAAUAGAUAAAAGUAUUUAUUAAGAAUUUCCUCGGAGUUCGUAAAUACAAGGAGUCUAGUGACUGACUUUAGAAUAUAUGUUGAUGUGGACUGGAGCACAGUAGCAUGCUAAUGUCAAAGCGGUCAGGGAAUAAGUGGUACCUGGUAGGGCUGGAGGAGUUAGCGUGAUGGUCACUUGUACUUGCCACCUAGAAGUAGGCAGAGUGGGGUGGGAGGAGGAAGAAAGAAAGGGGACUGCUUUUUAAUUACUUUCCAAGCUGAUUCCUGGGCACAUGGACCACUGAAGUGAUUUUAAACCACAAUACAGCCUUUUCUCUCUGAUUCUCAAUAAUUCAGUUUGGCAGUGAGAGCAUUUUUCUCAUAGACUUGCCUGAGGACUUGUAUAUCAGCUGUGACAAAUGCCAUAUCAUAUUAGGUGCUCCUGAAAAAUUGGGUGCAAUUCAGAUUUUCCUACAGUGAAUCAUCUGGCAAGGUCAUUA